AUGGCGGGGGUCUUCCCUCUUGCCUGCGCCGUGGGGGCGGUGCGGAGCCCCGCGGCGUGGGUGGCAUGGACGAUCUGGCCCGGCGGCGCGGCGGGCCUGCCUUCCGGCGGCGGCGCGGCAGCUGCCUCGACCAAGGGCCAAUCUGGCCUGGCGGCGCGGCGGCUGCCUCGGCCAAUGGCGGCGAUGUCGUAUUUGGAUUACGCCAAAAAGAAAAUAGAAGUUGUGGAAAGCAUUGGUUUGCUCCCCAAGGAUGCCCAUGGCAAAGUCUGUAGUAGCCAACUAAAGGAAAUCAAUGAUGCUGCAGACACCGGUGAUUUUCCCAAGAGAAGAGCAACUUUCCGCUUCUUGAUUGAUGCUCUCCAGAUAAGUGAACCUCAGUUUCAAAAUCAUGCAUGCAAAGAACAGCGUGAAUUCUCUGAAACUUUCUCCCGCAAGGCUCCUUCCUUCCUCAUCACCACUUUGCAGAAAAUUAUCGCCGCCGCCUACCAUCCUGGCCUCCUCCUCCUCCUCCACCUCGCCCCAAAUCCCGAAGAAAUAACCUCGUCACCCUACUUCCUACCCGAGCUCAUCCCCCAGAUCACGAUUCUCCUGACCACCCUCCAGGAUUUCUUUGCCCUCCGUGCAACCUACCGGGAUCUCCUCCCUCCGUCGCCGUCCAACCUCGCCUCCCAAGCCCCGCACCUCCUCCUUGUCCCUGGAUCUGGAGCCCUGUUCCACCUCCCCCUCCGUCGUCACCUGCGCUUCUGCCUCCCCUUCCAUGAUGUUGAUCCUAACCAUGCCGCCUUCUACUCUUUUGGCUGUCGCAUCGCCAUGGCCAGCCCUAGCCACCACGAGCUUAGCUUUGUCCACCUCCUCACAGGCGAGCGAUUUCGCCUCCCCCAUCCACCGUCACCCUUCUGUCGCCCCCUUCUCUCUGGCAAUCUCGUCCUUGCCUUUGUUCCGACGGUCGGCCGUGCCGUCCAGUACUGUCGCCUUGGGGAUAUUGAGUGGCGCGUGGCAUCAUGCACUGAACCCUAUGUGCUUGAGGAUUUGAUCUUUCACAAGGGCAACCUGCAUGCGUUGGUCAGAUCUGAAGAUGCCGGCAGCCUAUGUUACCGUCUCGCUGUGGUCAAUCUGUCAGACAAGAAUUUGGUGGAAUUCAAAUUUCUUGGAGAUCAUUUGGAAUCACAGGCUGCACAUGGGAGUUUAUAUUUCUGUCUCGCUGAGUGUCUCGAUGAGUUGUUGCUCAUUGCCGCCGUUGGGGGCUUCCCAGAGAAGUUUCAUGUUUUCCGGUGGCAGUCAAGGGAGGGGAAGUGGACAAGGACUACUAGCCUUGGUGACUGCACAUUGUUCUUGACAUAUUUUUACUUUGUAGGCUAUGUUGUUCCGAUGAAAGGAAUGACAUGCUUUUCAGGUUAUUUCUUUGCAAGUUGCCUUGGUCCAGAUCAUCCAGGAGUUCGAAGGGACUGCUUAUACUUCACAGAUGCCAAAAGAAAGUGGAUCGAGUAUUCCUUGGCCGAUGGAUCUUGUGAUGAAUUUGUUGCUGACAACUUAGAGGGAGCUUCAAGGCCUGAUUCCGAUUUCAGGGCACCUGUUUGGGUCUUUCCGAGCAUGUGUUGA